UCUGCAAAAAAGUGCUUCUUCUGCCAAUUUCAAUUAUUUUUCAUAAAUUAUCCUUCAGUAUGAUAGCAAAUCUGUUGUUUUUCGUGCUAAAAUCUUCAUUUCUCAUUUUGAAUGCAACAUUUGUCAGUGUAAUUCUUGUUGGUUGUUCGUCGUUGAUUAAAAAGAAACGUGAUCCACCGUCGACAACAAAAGAUGAAACAGUGACAACACAAAAACCGUUGAUCCAGAAUAGUACACAUAGUACUGAUAAGGGUUCAGAACCAUCUGUUCAUCCAGCUCCAACUCCAGUUGCCAUUCAAACUGUUGUAACACCUAAAAGUACUACCGUAUCAAAUACGACAUCAACACCAUCUCAACCUACAUCAAAACCUAAAACACCGGUUGCUGGAUCACAUGCGAAAUCCCCGAUGUUCGAAAAAACUCAAAAGAAAACAUCAAAUGAGUCAUUGAAGCCACCACCAAGAACACUUCGAGGAGCUGUUCCAAUAAAUACAAAAAGCCGUGAAGCCCAAAAAACAAUGAAUGACGUUGUUGAAGUAUCGGCAAAAAAUGUGGCACCGCCUCGCAAAGAAAAAUCAUCCAUGUCGCAGGAUUUUGAUGACUACUUGAAUAAUUUGGGAGAGAAUAAAAAUUAGAUUUCUCAAAAAUAAAUUGUUUUC